AUGCAUGGCGGGCUGGUGAGCGAUGGGACUGGGGGCUGUCCGCAAACAGUAGGCCGUAGCCGCAAGGGCAAGGAACAUACCGGGGGGGGGGGGCGGCUGGGCAACCCCGAUCUCGGCUUGGUUGCUGGCCGUCUGGUACGGUACGCCGUCCAAGACUCAGCAGUAGAUAGUAUGGCUCGGAAAGAUGGAGGGCUCGAAAUUGAGGCGAGUAUCAUACUUGUGCAAUCCAUCCGCCCACUCGACGCCUGUGACGACAUCUCGCCAUAUAUCCCGCCGAAAUCUGGCGGAGAUUCCAACCCCAUCCCGGAACGCUUCCAGUUCAACCGAUCCCACGCACUUCUGUCGACCCCCGGCGGAAGAAUGGGUCUCAACUUGGAGGAAAUCUAUGGCAACGAUCUAGAAGAGCAGCCCCCGCAGGAGUACUCGGGCUAUCAGCCCAAGCAGGGCUUCGGCUGGGCCAAUACUCUCCCAGAGAAGCAGGGUCUCUAUGACCCCGAGUACGAAAAGGAUGCCUGUGGUGUCGGUUUCGCGGCGUAA